AUGGGACAAGUUGCAUAUUUGCAGGCAAGGGACGAACAAACCAGCUCUACUGGAGUAAUCUAAAGAACAAUAUACCAUGAUAUUUUCUAAAACAAGAAAAAAAUAGUGUAAACGAAAAUGUCAAAAGAAAAUAAAAAGAAAUAAUAAAGGAGGAGUGGAUGAUGAUCAACACGAGCACCGUUUAGGGCAAGUAGAAACCCACCAACUACUUGCAUCUCACACCAAUGCCAUACUACUGUUUAGUCUCCUAUUAUGUCUUUAUCUCCAACCCUACAUGUCUUCUCCUUCCUCUUCUUCCCACUGGCUCUCAUACUCUAAAAGCCCCUAUAAUUAUCUUCUUCCUUGCAGGUCUUCUCCCUCUUUUCCCUUAUUCUUUAAGUCGAGCUAAUCGUAACUUUAUCUUCAUCCUCACAAUUGCAAUUCAUCUGCAUGAGACCCUCUUUCUCUCUCUUCAGGCUUCCACCCAGUUUAUCAGGAUUCUCUUUCUUUUAUGUAUGUCUUCGUUCUUGAAUCUUCUGAACCAGGUUUAGUUAAUAUCCUUUGUAUUUGUUAUUUUCAUUUUCAGACCACAUAAAUACUGCCUUUACUCUCUCCUACAAGUUUCCAAUUUGUUUUUUUGAAUCUUAUCUCUAAACCUUUCGGGUUUUUUACAUAAUAUAACAUAUGUAUUUGUCCACAUAAGGGUUUUACCUAUAUGUUAGUCAUAGUCUUUAGGUCACGUUUAAAAUGGCUAGAACCCCAACCAAUGUUCAUUUUCAUGAUAUCCCGGAUGCAAUUCUUUUUAAUAUAUUCUCUUUGAUCCUUGACACUCGUUCUCGUAAUUCAAUGUCUCUUGUUUGUGUCAAAUGGCAUUUGAUAGAACGCUUAACUCGCACUUCUCUUACUCUGCGAGGCAAUUUGCGUGACCUCUUUCUACUACCAACUUGUUUUCGAUCUGUUACAAAUCUUGACCUCUCUUUGCUUUCUCCAUGGGGUCAUCCUAUUUUUGAUUCUUCUCCAGAUCCUCUUCUUAUUGCUCAGCUUAUUCGGAGGGCUUUUCCUUGUGUUGUUUCUCUUACUGUUUACGCAAGAAAUCCUUUAACUCUUCAACUUCUAGCUCCUCAAUGGCCUGCUUUGACCAAUGUCAAACUAGUUCGUUGGCAUACGCGACCACCUGCGCCUCCUGGUUCUGAUUUUGUUUCAUUAUUUGAAAAUAACCAUUCACUCGCUUCUCUUGAUCUCUCUCAUUUUUACUGCUGGACUCAAGAUUUACCACCAGCUCUUGAAGCAUACCCUUCUACUUCUGUAUCUUUGACGCAUCUUAAUAUUCUUACUGCUGAGGGAUUUAAAUCCCAUGAGCUUCUUGCCAUUUCUAAAGCUUGUCCAAAUUUAAGCAAAUUGCUCACGACUUGUAUAUUUGAUCACAGAUUCAUUGGUUUUAUUGGAGAUGAAACCCUUCUUUCUCUUGCUUCCAAUUGUCCUCGUCUUUCUCUGCUUCACCUUAUUGACUCAAGUUCUCUAUCUGAUACUAGAGGUGACCCGGAUGAUGAAGGAUAUACUUUUGAGGAUGCGAGAAUCAACCAUACUGCGCUCACAGACAUGUUUGCUGGAUUGCCAUUGCUUGAAGAAUUAGUUCUUGAUGUUUGUCAUAAUGUUAGAGAAACUUGGCCAGCAUUGGAAAUGCUUAAUUCCAAAUGUCUAAGGCUUAAAUCGUUAAAAUUAGGGCAAUUUCAUGGGAUCUGUAGAGAAAUAUUAGAUGCUCGACCAGAAGGGAUUGCCGCUUGUGGCAGAUUGGAAUCAUUAUCAAUCAAGAAUUCAGCUGAUUUGACUGAUUCUAGUCUUAUAGCAAUCUCUUUUGGCUGCCCAAGACUCUCCAAGUUCGAAAUUCAAGGUUGCAAGAAAAUAACCGAAAUGGGCAUCAAUAAACUGGCUUCCAUUCUUCAAAAAACUUUAGUUCAUGUGAAAAUAUCUUGCUGUAAGCUUCUCAAUACUGUCUGCUCACUACGGGCUCUGGAACCAAUUCAAGACAAGAUUCAAAGACUACAUAUAGAUUGUGUCUGGGAAAAUGUUGCAAACAGUACUGGGGCUAGCAGUUCAAGUAAAUAUAUUGGAAUCAAACCAGAAAAGAGAACUGGCAGUUGGGAAGAAACAAGAUUAUCAUCAAGAAAGAAAAGCAAGAAAUGCAAUGGCAAUGACUACUCCCCCAGUUCAUGGGCAAGACUAGAAUUUCUUUCCAUUUGGAUCGCCGUAGGUGAAUUACUAACACCGUUGACAUCGUCAGGAUUGGAGAAUUGUCCUGUCUUAAAAGAAAUUAAAAUAAAAGUGGAAGGUGAUUGCAGGCUUAGGCCAAAGCCUGAAAAUGAUGCAUUUGGGUUAAGCUCACUUGCUUGCUAUCCUCGGCUUUCGAAAAUGAAUCUAGAUUGUGGAUCUGCAAUAGGCUUUGCUCUUACUGCUCCUUCAGGAUUAGCAGAUUUAAGUCCUUGGGAGAGGUUUUACUUAAAAGGGAUUGGUAAUUUGAAUCUUACAGAACUUGAUUAUUGGCCUCCACAGGAUACAGAUGUUAAUCAAAGAAGCUUAACUCUCCCUGCAGCAGGAUUGUUAGCUCAAUGUGAGAGGUUAAGAAAGUUAUUCAUCCAUGGCACCGCUAACGAACAUUUUAUGAUGUUUCUGUUGAAAAUUCCUACUCUUAGAGAUGUUCAGUUUAGAGAAGAUUACUACCCAGCACCUGAGAAUGAUACAUACACCGAAAUGAGAAUAGACUCUUGUUCUCGAUUAGAAGACGCCUUAAACAGGCGCAGAGUUCCUGACUAAUAGUUACACACAAUUAAGUAGUUUCUGAUAAACCUGAAGCUGUUAAUUUCUUUGACUCGCUUAUGUCUGUUUUUUGUUGCUUUGUUUGAAGAUUGGACCGGAUUGUAAAUACCAUAAAUUUAUGUUACGUGUCAAGAAAUAAUAAUAAUAAUAAUAAACUUCUCAA